CGGAAAAGCGAAUUCCAGCACCUUACAAUGCGUUUCUUUUUUCAGAUCCCACUGCCCGGAGGCAUUCUGCUAGCGAGAUUUGAUUCCCGUGCCGCGCUCGGCUGCUGCUGUCUCCGGAACACGGAGGCACAGCAGUGAAGGCACAGCAAUAGGCACAGCAAUGCUGUCGUAGAGACACAUCAGUAGGAGCCUAUGGCACGACAGCAGUAGGCGCCCAUGUCAGUGACAGCAGUAGGCGCCAACGGUAGCGACAACAGUAGGCGCUGACGGCAGUGACAGCACUGCUGUGCCUCCAUCAACAAAAACUCCAUUGCCGAAACAUAAAAAGAACCAUACUGAACGCUGCCUCUCUGUAGCUUCCCUCAUCUACACCGGUCUACUCACUCCUGAGAACUCAUUCGCACGAUCUACUCGCUAUUGUCAAGAAGCAGAGUGCACAUUCCGGUUGUCCAUCGAAAAUCCCACAAGAUCAUCCUCCAUUCAAGGGUACACUGUCAGACGAUGUUCCUCACCCAUCGAUUACCGGACGAGAUCCACGUCCAAAUCUUGUCCUGGCUGGAUGGAUUCAUGUCGAAUAGAACAGCCAAUUUCCGGGCUCUGUGUCUUACGAACAGGAACGGGUACCGGCUAGCAACUCCCCGCCUUUAUCAAACGAUUGGCUUUGAUGUCGAUGGAAAGGGCCGCCCUGAACAUUUGCAAAAGCUCUGUAUAGCGAUACUCUGCAACCCCACACUGCUCUCGCACGUCGAUACGUUGCACCAGUAUGUUGGAAGGAUGAUCAAACCAUCAUGUUUUCCCCUUCGCGAUCAUAUGGGACUUUGCCGAACGGCACUGAGCCAGAGUGGCUUGGACGCAAGUUGCUAUGAGCCCAUUUUGGAAGCGCUUGCCGACCCCAGAUACAUUGGCAGCAUUGGCAGCAUUGCUUUUCUAAUUGUGCUGUGUCGGAGGCUCGGAACAAGAAGUUCGGUCGGGACCUUCAAGCUUUACAUCAGGUGGCACUGGAAAGAGGAUGACAUUCUCGCUCGGACCCUGUCCAGUCUUGGCCAAAGUCCCGGCCUUUGCACUGUCAAGAAUAUCGAGCUCCAUGAUGUGAUCGAUAGGCAGCACUGUUGUGGUCUCUCGCUGGCCGAGAUCAUGGUAUUUCUGCAGCUUCCUUCACUCCGCAGUCUCGUAAUCUCGCGCCUUGGGCGUUUCGACCAAGAGCACCCUUUUACUCUGGACCUCCCGGAGAGGUUCGACAGUGCUCUGGAGUCUCUUGAAAUUCUCAUAGUAUGGUACAUGACUUACCUUGAGGCUCUCUUGGUUCUUUGUCCGAGACUCAAAUCACUGACGGUUCGCUGGCCAAAUCGAUGGUUACUUCGCCAGUACUUCGACGCAAAAAAAAUAGACGACUGGGAAAGAGAUUGGGUAAUUCUAGUCAAUGCCUUGGAAGAGCUUGAAAACCUGGAAACCUUGCAAAUCCUUCACCGCACUGAGGACUACCUCCAUUCACCAUUCCCCGGGUGGGAUGGCACUCCUCUCCGGUCCCUAUGCGGAUUAGGAACGCUGAAGGUCUUGACAAUCUCUGACAUCGCACUUGUUGGUAUUGAAGGCUUCGACCCUGGCAAUAGCUCCCAUCGCGAAGGAGAUGACUCUUUUCAACAAGCAGGCCUUGCAAGUCUCCUGCCAGAGUCACUUCGCGAAUUGACCAUCCUGCACUACGAUAUUCGCCUAGCUGGUGCCAUACGACUGCUGGCACGAGAUCCCAUGGUGGCCAAGCUAGACAAGUUCACGGUAUACCAUUGUCACCAGAUUGUAUGGACAGCCCAAGACUGGAUGGAGGAUCCCUUGUUGGCAGAGAUCCCGAAGAAUAUACGCCGCCACAUGUAUUACGAAGAGCCACCAUAUUGGGAUGAUUGAAUGCAAUCUCUCCCGGUAUUCGCAUACAGACGUGUCAACGAGAUACAGAAGUACAUUGACGAGAAACUUGUCACUCAGACUUGCAAGUCACACGUGGGACGGUGAUGCAGAGAGCGCGACAGGUGGUGGGCAUAUAGGCAUGUGGGCGUGGGCGUGGGCGUGGGCGUGAGAGUGGGCGUGGGCGUGGGCGUGGGCGUGGGCGUGGGAGUGGGAGUGGGAGUAGGCAUGUAAACGAGACUUUCGGCUGUAAUAUUCAUAACAUGUCUGGAUUAAUGCAGCGACUCGCUACGAGCAUAAGUGGACCGUAUUCGUGUUGUGAGUAGUACGAAGGAGGAUGCAAUAAAGUUUUCAUCAGGCUCAAUGUAUAGAUAACGGCGCUUUGUAGUGAUUGCAAGGAUCCCAAACCCGAACUUUGGCCAAGUCUACCAAAUCAGAUAGGGCGACUGGAAGCUUUGGGUUGAUUCUAUAGCAAUAGAGUAAGGUAUGGAUUGACC